AUAAUUACCAGUAUUGCGAGACAGUCUAUUUUACAUGCUUUUUUAGUACAACUAGCAGUACAAGCUAGACCAUUUGCUCUUCCUUUUUUCUAUAUAAGUUUUGUUUACCAUCCAAGUCCAACCAACAUAACACAAGGAAUCAAGAUUGGUCCUCCAUGGCUGCUUAAGGUAUAUAUGAGUUAUGACAAACCCUCUCAUCAACUCUGUUCUCUAUAUACAUACCCCAUUCUGUGAAAAAAAAAAAAAAAAAAACCUUUAUUCUUCAAUCAUUCUUCUUUGCUUGUCUUUUGAUAUAUUGCAAGUGGCUCUUGAAGCAGUUUUUUUGCGAUUCUUUUGAGGUUGUCUCUACUGUCAUGGUGGACAAAAUUUUCAGUUGCUAAAACUGAUGUCAGCAAUUGCUGUUUUUGUUUAUUUUCACAGAUUUUCAUGAUUUGAAUUAAAGAAGGUGGUUAGAGCUGGUAUACCAGAUUGUCAUAUAAAAGCUGAGGUUUGAUCCAACUUUUGAUCUGUUCGUUGCAACAAAAAGUUCAAAACACAAAAAAAAAAAAAAAAAAAAAAAAAAAAUUGAGUUUGAUCGGCCGGUUUUCAGGGCUUUCUUCCACUGGUUGUAGCUGGAUCUGGACUUGAGUUGCUUCACAUCAAAAACUCAGUCAUUAAAUGGAUAGUUUGGGUUGGGAUGGCACUAACACAUCAUCCUUGUGGAGUCAUCAGCAACAUGAAAUAGAAGGGAGCUUCCCAGAAGACAUCUUUGCUUCAAUCAGUGAUCUUCAAAAAGCUAAUGAGCCAUCUCAUGGCAAUCCAAAUUCAGAUCACAGAGUAACCCAAAUGGAAAGGCACUCAGUACCACCAUUGGAUUCCAUUAGUGUUGUCUCGAGCUCGAAUUUUCCACAGCGCCAUGAAGCUAUUGGACAAUUCUGUUCUUCUUCUUCUUCCCCUUCAAUUAACAGGCCUUACAUGAUGAUGAACUCAUUGGGUACUCUAAUGGGUGAUUUUGGCAUUUCGACGAAUGGGUUACAAGAUGGAAAGGCCAGAGAUUCGACGACACACUCUCUAGAGUCACUUGAUUGCUUGCUUUCAGCAACCAACAGCGAUACUGAUACAUCAGUUGGAGAUGAUCAUGGGAUCUCCAUGAUAUUCUCAGACUGUAAAAACUUGUGGAACUUUGGUUCCAUCAAUGCUGUUUCAUCAGUGGAGUCUGCAAGUAACAAAGUUCUAGAACUCGAUGAAACAGUCUCUCAAGCUAGACCAUUGGACACUAAGCCUAACACUAACAAGAGAAGCAGUUGUUCAUACUUUGACAAUCUCAUUCGAAUCGAUUCUUCAAAAACAGAAGGAGGGGGUUUCAAGAUAAUUCAAGAAAAUCCACCAAAAUCGAAGAAAACCAGGUCGGAGAAGUGUCCAAGUUCAUCAAAUAUCAGUUUUCAACAGCUAAGUUCAUCGGUGUCAUCAGUUGAGGAACCGGAUUCAGAAGCCAUUGCACACAUGAAGGAGAUGUUUUACCAGGCAGCUGCAUUCAGACCGGUGAAUUUGGGGAUGGAGGUGGCAGAGAAGCCUAAGAGGAAGAAUGUGAGAAUAUCAACUGAUCCACAGACUGUGGCUGCAAGGCAGAGGAGAGAAAGGAUAAGUGAGAGAAUUAGGGUUUUGCAGAGGCUGGUUCCAGGUGGGAGCAAGAUGGACACUGCAUCAAUGCUUGAUGAAGCUGCAAAUUAUCUCAAGUUUUUAAGGUCACAAGUUAAGGCACUAGAAACCCUAGGCCACAAGCUUGACCUAGUGAAUUGUCCCAAUCCAAGUCCAAGCCUUCCUCUUCCUGCAGUUCCAUUCAACAACAACCACUCAUUUCCCAUGCAAAUCCAUUUCCCACUCCAAACUACUCCUAAUCCAAUCCAUCACCCCAAGAAUUGAAAAGGUCAUCAACCCUCAAAAUUUAUAUUGGCAUGGAAUUUUUUGUCUCUAAAUUUUCUUCUCUCUUAUAUCGAA